GUUGGUGACGUCAUCAAAUGGCGACCCAAGAACCUUGAGGCGCAUCUAGUUAUCUUUCUAACCUGUUUUAAGUUACACGGGACAAUACAGGUGGUGUAUAAAAAGGAGAAGCCCAACAGGAUGGCCAGUGCGCUCGGUAGCAGAGCCAGAGUGGUUACAUACCUGCCAGGGCUUCACGUUCUUGUGCGACGUAUAGCAGGGACCAGACGUUUCUCCAACCAGGGUCACGUGAACGUCACGCCUCCGGAUGUGGGAGUGAGAACGGUGUGGCCGGAUGAGACCAUGGGUCCGUUCGGUCCUCAGGAUAAACGCUUCCAGCUGCCCGGGAACGUCGGAUUCGCCAGGCAGUUAGAAGAAAGCACACCAGAUCAUAAGUCCGGCCCGGUGCUUACGGCUCUCUCGGACCUCCUGACGGCACCGUCCAACACCGAAAGGCACGAGUUCAUUCUGGCGCAGUUCAUCACCGAGCUCCAAGAGAACACGGAAGGGUCAGCGGCGCAUCGGGUCGACAGCACAGAGCACUAUUUCGACCAGUCCAGGGUGGAGUGUGCCAUCCAGUCAUGCCCAGAACUGCUGAAGAAAGACUUUGCGUCGAUGUUUCCCGAAGCCCCGUCCAGCAGCAUGAUGGUGCUGACUGUGACGCAGAGAACGGACAACGACAUGACCGCCUGGUCUGAGGAGGUGGACCAGGAGAGAGAGCAACUGCUGGCUCAGUUCAUCGAAGGGGCAAAGGAGGUCUGCCACGCGCUGCACACCGAGGGCUUUUGGGCCGACUUUAUCGACCCCUCAUCUGGACUAGCGUUCUUCGGCUCCUACACCAACAACACCCUGUUCGAGACGGACGAGCGAUACCGCCACCUCGGGUUCCAGAUCGAAGACCUCGGCUGCUGUAAAGUGAUCCGUCACGUGCUGUGGGGCACGCACGUGUUCGUCGGAAGCGUUUUACCAACGCCCCACCCAGCAGCCACGUCAUGAAGAAGCUGCAGGGAAAUUAACACGUGUCCGUGAAGUCCGUAGCGAAAAUUACUGAUGUGCCGUUAUGCCUGUAGGGGGCGUAUUUAUUUUUGUUGAUGAUAAAAAAAUAAAAUCCUUGCUGCUUAA